AUGGGGCAAGUCUGCACGAAUAACUUUAGUCCCAUGACCGCCGCCAUGGCAGAGCGCGAGCUGCGCAGCGGGGACUUUUCGGACAACAUGGCCAGCGCAAAAGGGGCUGCGAACCUCAUUCCCGAAGACGAAAAGGUCCUUCUCGCCUACGAAUUGCUUCACAAACGCCUGUUUUUCACGGAUCGGAGAAUUAUUCUGCAAAGCCCGAACACGUGCUGUUUCGGCGCCAAGGACAACUUGAUGCGGUUUAUCCCCUACUCGAGCAUCGGUGGCUACAGUGUUACCACCCCGGGAAGUUUCUUGGACAACGACUGUGAGAUGGAGCUUUACACGAAAUGCAAGGACCAGCUGCGAAUCAUCUGUCGAGAUUUCGCCUGUACGAAGGCGAGCCCCGUCCCGGUGAUGGAUAUUCUACAGCUUUUGAACGAAAAGUGCCUCCCAAACUAUGACCCGUUUCUUGGUUUUAAACCUGUGGCGCGGUGGGACGAUAGCAAAACAAACAAAAGCGGGAGUGAUAAACAGGGGUUUUUCGACUGGGUCGGCGGCAAUGCAGUGGAGAAGGACCCGAGUGAAAUUCAAGCGAAACUGCAGGGAAAAGGCGUGCUGCAGCCGGCGGGGACGUCGACAGGGGGAAACAAAAUACCUGAAACGGUGGUGUUCGCCUUUAAAGAUGGUAGAGACAUGGUCAUCUUCACGAACAAGCGCUUCCUCGUGGUCGAUGUGCAAGGCUUUACCGGGAACCGGGUUUCGUACCAGACCGUCCUGUACGAGCAUAUUCGCCUGUUUUCUGUCGAGACGGCGGGUGAGGGUGGCAUUUUCGCCGAUCGGGACUCUACUCUCUGCCUCUUCACGAAUCUCCCGGGCAAAUCCUACUUCUCGCAGGAUCUGAAGCGGAACAUCGACAUCAAAAAGCUCGCAAAGUUUCUAAUCGCCGUGACCUGCGGGAACCACCAGGGGCAUCGAAGUUCCUUGGAAAACACGCGAAACAUCUCGGGCGAUUUGGGAGGCGUGCAGCUGGGCCCCUUGUGGUGGUUGACGCGGUCGGAGGGCAACGCGGGUCAGAUCGACGCGAGAGAAGCGGACCAGGAAUUCCACCGGCAGGGCGUUCUGCUGGAUGACGAGAAGGUUGAGAUGGGGUUCAAAGGGAGAAAGGACUACUUUCUCUUCACCACUAAGCGGGUUUUGUUCGUGGACAACAUGAAAAAAGGCCUGUUUGGGUCUCACGGGAAGGCGACGAACUUCUUGACCGUGCCCUACCACUCCAUUUCCCACUUUGCGGUCCAGACUCCCGGCGGGCGAAACUUGUUUGGGAAAAAGGACGGCGACUGCGAGGUGCAGCUCUGGACCGACAGCUGCUGCUUCAUCCCCGAGGUGAUCAACCGGGACGACGAGGGACGCAUUGAAAGCAUUGACCCGCCCCAACCGUGGGUCACGUUUCUGGAACAGGACCUGGCGCGCGACAAGGUCGACCUGAUUGGGAUUCACCAGUAUCUCAGCGAGAAGCUGAUGGCGCGACCGGCGGAGCGGUGGCAGCAGUAUUCUUACCAGGGGAGCGGGAAGGCGCAGGCCACGACGAUCCAACGCCCCGGUCUGUCGCAGAACAACAACCUGUUUGAUUUGUUCAUCUCGUGGGCCACGGAUGACGCCAAAAGCGUGGACGCACAAGUCGCCGACCAGCAGAUGCACGAAGCGCAGUUACUCGCGACCGACGAGCAGGUCAUGGUCGCGCUCCGCUGCGGGCGGGAUUUGGUUUUACUCACGAGCAAGCGGGUUUUCCUGAUCGACGCGCAAGGCUUUACGGGGAAAAAGGUCCAAUACCUUACCAUCCCUUACCAAUCCUGCCGACAAUUUGGCGUGAAGUGUGCCGGUGACGAGUGGAGCUUUGACCUGGAUUGCGAACUCGAGCUUUAUGUGCGCGCUUUCUGGAACACACGUAACCUCACACCAGCCCGCGACCACGAGAUCGACCCGGUAAUUGAGCAGGACCUAAGGCGCGGUAGUGUGGACUUGCCUGCAAUCCAGGGGUUUCUUGCCGACCGCAUUGUUUUGAAUUACGGAUCUUCCGCAGAGACCAUCAAUAAAACACGAAACCUCCCCGAUCUGCAGAACUUCAGACCUGAGGACUUGCGCGGUGGAAAAAAAUCCAAAGGUCUGGCCGGGCUGCUCGCGACCGCGUUGAGCGCGCUCGACCGUAACAAUUUUGCGCAGUUGAGCAACGAGGAGGUGAAUGCGUUGGACUUCCAGCUGAAGUCGCAGCGCAUCCUGCUUUGGUACCCGAACACGGAAGUGCAGGAGCACCUGGAGCUGGCCUUCCGGAACAGGAAGGACUUGAUCCUGUUCACAAAUCUACGGCUGCUCCACAUCGACUUCACUUCCCGGUCCUUCUUCAACCCCCUCGGCGGGAACAAGUGCGAGUACAAAUCGAUGCCUUGGGGCAUGCUGUUUGACGGAAAGCGGGAGCAAACCAAAUCAAAUUUACUGGCGUACUCAUUCCAGAGUGCGCAAUUUACCAACCGUUUCGAUUUGGACUCCACGAUGAUUUUGUCAAAACAGGUCGGGCACGACGCAUCACUUGCGGUGGACAUCCUGCGCGGCUACAGUGACUUCGGCGCGAUUUCGAAAUGGCUCGAUUCAAAAUUGGUUCUCUGAUUUCGAACGCGAUGAAUUCUUGAGUUGUAUAAUGUUUUUACUUUUACGACUAUGUGAUGUGUGUAUGUAUCUAGUACUUGUUGCAGCACUCUAGUGUAGUCACUUCCGCUGGAGGCAUCAAUAAACGCGACUAUGUAGUGACAGCUUUUGUUUGUGCGAUUACUUGCGACAUACAACAGAUACGUUUUCCCAUCCCGUCGCUGUUCGGCUGCAGCAUACCUUCGUCGACAUAUUCAUCGGCUUCAGUUUCAUUCACUUGCAGCAAAUUCGCUGAAUAUAUAAUCAUAAUUAUUGCGUAACAACUCUGGACGUCAGCAUGGUCCUGCUGGUAGGUAGAAAAUGAUAUGAAGCAACUUGCUUUCAG